AUGACAUCCCUGCUCCUGGGCCCUGCCGCCGCGCACCCCCAGCGCGCUGCUGCCCCCAGGGUCGUGCGCUCUGUGGUGCCCGAGCCCCACGUUGGCCGGGACUCCAGCAGCCCCGCCGCCACCGGCCUUGCCGUGCCGGCCCCCUCGUGCCUGAAGCAGCAGCAGCAGCAGCAGCAGCAGCAGCAGCAGCAGCAGCAGCAAGCAUCGCAGGCCUGCAGCAGCCCUGAUGGUCAGCCAGCUGAGGUGGAGCUGGCACCGUUGGAGUUCGCAGCGUGCCCCUCCAGUGAUGAAGAGCAGCAGUCGGCGCCGCUGCUUGAUUCCAUCAGUGCAGGCCUGCUCUCGCCGCCAGCCCCGGACAGAAGCACUGCGGCGUCGGAGGUUGAGACGCCCGCGGUGGUGGUGGCGCCACUCGAGCUGCUGUACUUCGGCUCGCUGGCCGCUAGCCUUGACUAUGGCUGCGACGCCAUUGAUAGCAUCGGCUGCGACAGCGGCGCGACGGCCAAGCAGCAGGACACCUGCUCUGAUGUGGCGGCGCCGCAGACCGUGCAGGCCUGUGUGGCGAUGUCCCACCCUGUUUCAUCGCUGGUCAGCCGCGCCAGCUGCGACGCGGCUGAGGAGCUCAAUGAUGGCCGCGACGACAACGGGCCAGCACAGCAGCCCCUGGACGGCGCCGGCCAGCAGCAGGCGGCCGAGGGGGUCAGGCUGCUGCGGCUCCUCCGGCAGGGUGGGCAGAUGAGGCUGCCCCAGCCUUCUGCUCAGGCACGCCCUUCGUCGCAGCCGCAGCAGGGGUCGUCUGCGAACACGCGUGCCCAAGGGCCCCAGCAGCACCAGCACCAGCACCACCAGUUAAAGCCGCUGCGCGAGUGCGGCCCGCAGCGGCUAGAGUCGGCGGUGCAGGACCUGGGCUGCGAGCUGGACUGCGCCGGCCCAUACGCCGCCGCGUCCGAGCAGCAGGCAGGAGAUCCGCCAGCUGCCUAUCAUGGCAAUGACAGGGUCGGCUGUGGCCGCGAGCCCUCAGCCGCACCCGAGGCCAGCAAAGCGCCCGCUGUGCCGCGGAGGGUGCGCACGUCGCCCCAGCACGCGAGUGCGGUGGCUGCCCUCCUGCAUCAGGGGGGCCAGCAGCUGCGGCCUCAGCAGCAGCGGGCGCUGCCGCCACGUCAGCAGCAGCACCAGCAGCCGCAGCCCGCUGGCAACAGCUGGGAGGCUCGGGGCGCCUGGGCAGCGGGCGGCCAGGAGGCCAGGCAGCAUGACAAUGGUGGGGGCGACGGCGGCGCCUUGGAGGUGCACCAGGACUUCACCGGCGCCCCCCUGCAGGCGGCAGGGGAGGAGGACGGCCAGCAGCAGGGGGCUGCGGCGGCCCCCAAGCGCUACUACCACCGCGGCGGGCGGCGGGGGAACGCCGCCCGCGCAAAGCGGCGGCAGCAGGCGGCCGAUGCCGAGAGGGGAUAG